CCCAAAUACCAUGAGGACUGAUUGAGAUCAUUGAUGUUAGACUGACAAUGGCUGAAGCCCAGAUGUUUGUAUCAGAGGAUGAGUUCACAUGCUCUAUCUGUCUGGACACCUUGACUGACCCUGUGUCACUGCAUUGUGGUCACAGUUACUGUCUGAAGUGCCUCAAGGACUGCUGGGAUCAGAAGGAAGAGUGCAGCUGUCCUCAGUGCAGAGAAACCUUCACCACGAGGCCUACUCUGCAAAGAAACACUCUGCUGAAUGAAGUCAUCAAGAAAUUAAAGAAGACAGAAAUCAGUCCUCCUUCUCCAUCUCAGAAUUAUGCCGGCCCUGGAGAUGUGGAGUGUGACUUCUGUACUGGGAAGAAGUUCCGAGCAGUGAAUUCAUGUCUAAUGUGCAUGGCCUCCUUCUGUCAAACUCACCUGCAGCCUCACUAUGAAGGACUCGCCUGGAAGCAUCACAAGCUGAUCGAUCCUGAUGGAAAUCUACAGGAGAAACUCUGUGCAAAACAUCAGAAAAGUCUGGAAAUAUUUUGCAAAACUGAUGAUUUGUGUAUCUGCAUGAUGUGUGUGGUGACUGGACAUAAAAGUCAUGAAAUGGUGGAGCUGGAGAUGGAAAGAGAAGUAAAAGAGAAACAGCUGGGAGCGACACUGAGUGACAUCAAGAGGAAACUUGAGGAGAGAGAAGAGAAACUGAAGGAGAUAAGGAGGGCGAUGGAGCAGAUGACGAUCUCUGUGGAAAAAGAAGUGGAAGAACACGAGAAGAGCUUCAAUGAUCUGAUUCACUGCAUUGAAGAAAACCACAGGAGAUUGAUUGAGAAGAUCAGAGAACAAGAGAAGAAAGAAAUGGAGAAGGCUGAAGAAGUUGUGAAGCACCUGGAGGAGGAAAUCGAAGAGCUGAAGAGGAAAGACUCUGAGCUGAAGGAGCUUUCAGAGACCAAGGACAACAUUCUCUUCUUGCAGACUUACUCAUCUCGCUGUGUCCUUCCUGCUGAUGGAGACUCGCUCAGCUUCACUGUCACUGCCGACUUCUCUUCUGAGCACCUGAGAACGGAGCUGUCCUGUCUGAAAAAGAAUCUGGAGAAGAUCAACCGGUGGGACGUCAUGACAUGGACUCCAUCAGGUCCUGAAGCUCCAAUUUUCACCCUACAGCCUCCUGAACCUCAGAGCAGAGAGGAGUUUUUACGAUACUUCUGUCCACUCACAAUGGACAUCAACACGGCACACAGAAACCUCCGUCUGUCUGAAGGGAACCGGAAGGUGACAUGUAAAGAGACAGAAGCCAGAUAUCCUCAUUAUCCUGACAGAUUUGACUACUGGUACCAAGUUCUGUGCAGAGAGGCUCUGACUGGGACUCGCUGUUACUGGGAGGUGAAGUGCACUGGAGACUUCUGGGUGAUUGGAGUCGCAUAUAAAGGACUGAGCAGGAAAGGAGAGGGCAGGGAGUGCAGUCUUGGAGACAACGACAAGUCCUGGAGUUUGUGGUGGUCUCAUUCCAAGUACUCUGUGCGUCACAAUAAUAAAGAGAUUGCCAUCAGUGCCCCCUACAGCCACAGAAUAGGCAUCUAUUUAGACUGGCCUGCUGGCAUUCUGUCGUUUUAUGGCGUCUCACACAGAGUGACCCUCAUGCACAGGUUCAACACCUCCUUCACUGAGCCGCUCUAUCCAGGGUUUGGGAUUUGGUUAAACUCCAGUGUAACAAUCUGCCCUCUGACACCAGGUGACCAAUGACCAGUACCCUCCAUCAGUCAUGUGAUGUUUCCACAAGCGCAGGUCUCUUUUGUGUUUAUAGUUUGGGGUCAAAAUUAAUUUUACAGGAUGUGUGACUCAGUUUGGGGAGGUGAGUGCAGUUGUCAGGAUCUCCAUUAUUAUCGGGCUUCAGUAACCAGUCAGGUGUGUGUGUGUCAUAGUGAGCGGUGGAGUCACCUCAGGCUUAAAAAUACUAGUCUGUCCAGCAGGGGUCACUGUUAGUUCACAGCCACAUAUGCUUCAGGCUGACAUCCCAACAAAUGAUGUGUCCCCUGAGUUUCACUGAAUGUCACCUGUUAAGGCUGACAGGCACCUGGUCCUGCUGGAGCAGCACUACUGAAAGGCACUAUAUAUAAUACCAGUUAUUUGAUACGUUUUGUUAACCUUUAGUCAUGCCAUGCUAGUGGCCCAAGAGACACAAACCUUUUUCUGUUUUUUCAAUGUACUUGCACGCCUUUCACCAGCAGAUGGCACCUGAGAGCCCAGUUACAUGAAGAGGGAAGUGGGAGAGCAAAGCCAUGAAACACAUUUGAAGAGCAGAUUAUGAAGACUUUGACACAAUCCAUCUUAACACACGACUAGCCUGCCACAGAAAACAGCGUCAAGUGACGUGUGGAGACCUUUAGGUAGGCACUGGCUGGAAAGGGGAGAGGGGGCACAUUGAGGAGCACAGUUUGUUAUUUUAGAGCACGGGUGUCCAGCUCUGGUCCUGGACGGCCACAGUGGCUGCAGGUUUUCAUACUGAUCAUCUUCUUCAUUAGUGACCAGUU